AUGUCACGCGGAGACAAGCGAGAACGUGAUCGAGAAAAAAACCAGAAAAAAUUACAAGACAAGGCCAGACAAGAAGCUCGGAAUUCAGUGGAUAACUGUAACGCAGAUGAUGCUAACUUUGCUGCUCCUUUUCAGGGCGGUAAUCCAUUGCAACGAAAUAUGGAUGACGCGGCGAAAUUGCAGGCCAAGGUUGCCGCGAAAAAGGCUAAGGAACAAGACUCACAGAGUCAAUGCACUGCAACAGUUGGGAGCACAGUUGCUGGUAAGAAAGUCCCCGCCAAAAAGAAAGACAAUUUGGACGAUUUGUUGGGUGCGGGACUGGCCACGAAAAAGCGAGUCAAAUAG